GUAAAAUGUACGUGAGUACGUGAGGCCGGCCGCACACAUAAUGCACAGUACGGUUAGCUGCAGCAAUGUUUACGUUUGGUCUGGACAAAAGCACGGCGUUCUAUCUUGUGUUGCCCUAUUUUACCCGGUAAACUGGUGGUUUUUACAGAUCCAAGUCUUCUCAGAGUCAUCACGUGUCGCAGCAUUCUGUUCCAAUGAAGCAAAAUCUUCCUCGGUUCAUCCAUUUGCAAGUUCUCAGAGUCAGCAACAUACUGGUGUGACAAUGCCAGUCUGUGUACAGUGAGUUUGAUGUGGUGGCAUCUCAAGUCCGCAAGGCCUGAUGCACGAUGCGUGGUGAAGCCCCCGAGGCCUGCAUGCUGACCACCAUGCCCGACUGUGACGGGUCCAACAGUUCGCGUUCCACGGCGCCGCUGUCCGUGGCGCGCAUGUCCCGUAGCUCCCGCAGCUCCAGUUCACCCGAGCUGCGCUACACUUCCCUGGAGACCUCCCCCGCACCCACUCUGCUUGCCGAAGGCGGGGCUGACCCCUUGUCCCGCCCAGCUGAUGCCCACGGCAGCAUCCAGUCGGACCUGCAGCGGCUGCCUGGCCCUGCCCAGCCCGUCCGGAAGCUCUCCAGUGUGCCCAACAAGCCCAAGUACGAUCUCCAAUGUUGUACACUGCCGGUGUGCCUUGUGACUCUGCAGCUUUUGCUGGGCUUCACCAUCAUGGUGUUUGGAGUCACAAUGUUGCUGAUGACGCCUUCAGUCAAAACCAGAGAUGCCCCUUACUGGGCUGGUCUUGUGUUAAUCAUGGCCGGUGGAGUGGGGCUGUACUUCAGUGCAACCAGAGAGCAGGCCUACUCAGGUAGCAUCAAAGCAUUCAUUGUCAAGGCCUCCUUCUUCUUGCUCUCCGUUGUCUGUCUGUUUGUCAGCACCAUUGCCAGCGCCUUCUGCGGGAUCCAAGGGGAGAACAUCCUGAGCCUGAUCAACUCGGAGAAGUCCAACUGCAUCUCGGACAAUCACUACACCUGCCACUGCACCAAGGUGGAGAGCGACGGACUGUCGCGCAUCUACACCUUCUUGGACAUCAUCGACUGCCAGUCCUUCCUCCUCAACCUGAAGACCUACAUGUUCAUCCAGUGUAUUCUCAACGGGCUGGGCGGCAUAGCCUCCUUUCUUGUGGUCAUCCUGAUGUGGCGUAACCGGUACAUGGAUUUCCACUCGGGCCUGCGUUUCUACUCGUACAGUGCCAGCAUCCCCAACCACCCCUGGUCCGACCCGCAGACCCCGCCCUACACGAACUACAUCAUGGCCAAUGGCGACAACGGGCAGGAUCAGUUUGUUUUUGAUACGUGACCGGCUUCGGCGAAGACGAAACAAAUCGACAAACUCAGCAGACUGGGGGCAGUGUAAAUACAUCUAUAUUUUUUCUGUUCCUUGCAGAGAUGUGCUGAUGAUGGACAGCAUUCGUGGUUUUUUUUUGGGGGGUGGCAUGCGAGUGAUGGCGGAACUCCUUUGGUAUUUAUACCCGGAAUUAUAGACUCGAGGAGUCAUCAUCAAUAUCCAGUGAGCUGUGAAAUCUGAGACUGUGAUGUAGACUCAGCUUCAUGAUAAAACUUUCAAUUCCUUCACAUGGAAUAAUCUUGUGCAAGUGCAGAGAGUGUUUAACUUGAAUCCAAUUACUUAUAAUUUAAACUAACCUUCAUUGGGAUAGAGUGGGUGCGUUCAGUGGGGAGGGGGUCAUUUGUGAAAUCAAAACCUUGUAAAUGUCCAGGCAUUGAUUGUCAAAUAUAAUUGAGUUUUAACUCAAAAUCUUUCAGGCCAAAAUUAUGGGUUUACCUCUGAAAAGGCUUGAUGUGGUCUGGCAAGUCUUGGGGAUAUCGCCUUGUGUGUUUAAUCGUCUGUUUUAACUUGAAGUUAUACAAAAACAAAACUUUUAGAGAAUGACCAAUGUGUAAACCAUUUGGGACACACGGUGUGAACACAUCCAUUCCUAGUGUUUUGAAUCAGCCUAGAAUCCUAGCCAUUUUUACAAGGACCAUUCUAGAAGAUGAAGACCUAAACAAGGCAAGGAUUUGAGCCUCUGGAAACCCUACAUGUAACCAUGCAGAAUGCAGCAAAAUCCAUGAGUGAGAAGGUUCUACUCGGUAUGGGUGGCAUUGGUUGGAAUGAAGUACUGGUAGGGAACAAAGGGCUUUCAUCAUCGCAGUUGCUGUGUUCUGUUGGAUUCAACACAACUGCACACGUUGCUGGGUAAUUGAGGAUGCCAACAGAAAAACCAAGCAGGGUCAGAGUUCAUGCCAGCGGGGUUUGUGUUUGCAGUUUCCCUCUGGAUCUGAAACUGAUCCUAACCAUUUACUGUCCAAGGAAUUGCCAAAUGCACUUCUUCAAGGUGCGUUGGACUUCUCUGGAGCCACUACUGAAUGCACAUGCGAGCGCCUUACGAGGACGUUAAAACACAGAUUCCAGUGAGAUUGCAAACAUUCGAGCACACUCUACUGCUGUUUCAAGUCUUUCUGAACUUUGUGCAGUGAACUGUUUCCAGCAUACAUGUAGCUUCAUACCUGUAUAUGUUGUAAAUAUCCAUUUUCAACCUAAUUCACUAGAUGGUACGUGUAGUUGUUGGGUGAUUGGCUUUCAAGUUCGCAAACAUUCCAAUUGUGCAUACUCAUCAAAUUUGUCACGAGUUGACUUCAUAUCUUUGCCCUCAUCAUUUCUGGAGCCAGUGCAUUCUCCACCAAAGUACUUGCUCUUUUUUUGCCUCAAGAGGUCAAAGGUUAAACAUAAUUCAUGCCUUACAGAUGAGAAGGAAUUUUCACCUUCGACGUAAUUCAGCUUCAAGCCAUUUUGUUUCUUCGAAUGUCAUGUCGGCAGUGAUAUUAGUUGAAUCUAAACAGAUCUGAAUCAAUUUUUUCAUCCAUUUUUUUUUAAAGUUGAUUUUGUAAGUAAGAUUCACUGCUUUAAAGAUUAGAAUUCAUUUCAUUUAAUAAAUUUUUUUGUCACUGAAUGCACCUGUAAAUUUUCAGGUUGGUGAAUUGCUUAAUAAAUUUCAUGCUCCUAGAGUUCAAUCAUCUUUAACUUUCCAGAAACAGUACUGCUACAGUUUCAGGUUUUUGUCUUUUUUCACGUUCAUUUCUGUCUGAAUUACUCAAAUGUUGAAGAAAGUCCCUCCAAAAGCUGUUUGGGUUGAUUGUCUUUGGGUCAUCAUGGCUGUAGGUUUAAUGGUUUUGCCCCUUUUCUGGAGCAUGUAAGACAAACUCUCCAGACCUUUUGCAACUUGAUCAAUGUCCAUUCUCAUUUUUAGGUCUUUGAUUACAAUUUCAGACUUCCUUGUUAAAUGCAUGAUCAAAGUUUUCCUGCUUAACAGGGUUGAGUUAGUAAAUUUCAAGUGUUGACCCUUGGAAUCAUUUAAAGUCUUUUGUGAUGCCAGGUUAAAUGGAAAUUUAAUAGAGUUUGUACAUUGUAGUGAUUCUGCAUUUUUUUAAACCAAUAUUCCAAUUUAGCAGAGGAUUUGAACAAUUAUUUUCUUUCGCAUUGUUCAGAAUGUAAUUAUGUUACACAUGAUAGAGGUACAUUUUGACAUUUGAUGGAAUGCCCAUAUUUUUGAAUCUGUUUGUCAAUCUCUUCGGGGUUUGGACAGGAGUAGCUUUUCAUUUCCCGGGCUUUAAUAUUAAUCCCAGUGAGGAAUUGUCACAGAGACCGACAGUAGACAAGGGGGGGGGGAAAUGACCGAUAUUUUAUUGAAAUGGGAGAGAGGCCAGGUUUGGUAAUAACGGAAUGAUGAGACGGAUUAUUCCUGACAGGAUGAUGGAGCAGAUGGCCAGGGUUUUUAUUAUUAACGAUGAGGUUGAGUCAAAUUUCAGUCAAUCCAAUAUUUUCCCUUUAAUUGUCUUUUCCCCCCUCUUAUGCUCUUUUAAAUGUUCUUUUUCUUCUUUUCAAAGAAAAAAAAAGCACUUACACUAUGCAAGCCUGAAAAGCUGUUACUAGCCUUGCUGUAUACUGUACAUAUAUGAAAGUUAAUGGAAGGGAGAUGCCCCACUGUUAUUGUUGAUUCAACCUUGACUUUUUUGUGUGCUGGGUUUUAAGGUCUCAGAGAGAUUCUGAAGUUUGAAGGGGUUUAAUCUUUCAGAUAUGCAGUAAUGGUGUAAAUAUUUUAUGUAUAUUGUACUAUUCGUAUAUUAUCACCACAUUCUUGUAUAUUAUGAAAAGAAGAAAAAUUCUCGGGGAUAUCAUAAGCAGAGCCAAAGACAGGGUUGAGUUGUAGACGGACUCGUUCAGUUGGUUACUUGUGUGCAAUCUUUCUGUAUAUAGAUAGAGUUACAAUUUUAUCCAGUUCUAUUUAUCACCGUGUUGAUAACCAUGUGCUAUAUAAUCGCCAUGGAGACGGUUUCUAUGGUAACUUAUGCUUUACCACUUAUUUUUUACUGCUUUAUAAUACAUGUAUGCACAAAGAAUGCCUUCUUUAAGAUCGAAACUGCUUUCAAGGUGUUUGAUGAUUGGCAGAGCAAUUAGUUGCUAAAUUAAUUUGUUUGACUUGAUUAGGAAAGUCCUUUUCGUAGAUGAUCAGGAGAACAAUUUGUAGAUGUUUGGCAAAAACUUCAGAUUAUCAUUUUUCAUGUUCACAUUAUAAAGUCGCAUCUGUUUUAAAGUUGGAAAGUGUGGCAACUUUGAAUUUGUUUGUUUGGUAAUCCUUGACUCCACUCUGAUCUUGAUCGUGAACGAGUCUUUCUUUGUCAAUUUUGUGUGCACCAUUGCCUGUGACCCCAUAUACUGUCCUCGGCAUUUCGUUGGGAUGAAAUCUUUUUGCACGUUUGGAGUUUUGCAGAUUGACAAGUGUAUAAAAAAAAUGUUUUAACAACAACAUUAUUUAAAAUUAGUGCUCUCUUUCGUAGAUUGUGUUGACGUUAUCUUCGAAGAGAUGGGACUGUACUUUUUGAACUAAAGUGGAAUCUGUCGUUUUUCUUCCGCUUAAGAAAUUCUUAGACAAAAAAAAUUGUAAUGGAUUUGGGGAGCGUUUUGCCGUUUUUAAUUUCUUUUAAUUUGUACAUAACAGUUUGAAGAUAAGUUUUGCCAAAAUCGUGUCCCGUUGCUCAUAUCAAGGAUAGGUGAUUUUAAUUUAGGAAUGACCAAUGCACCAGAGUUUGUUUAAAUUAUAACCACGGAGGGUACCGGGGAAAUUGAAGUAAAAUGAAAACAAACCAUUCAAACAAAAUCGUGUUGGGAACUAUUUACACAAUGCUUUCGGCUUGGGACUGCACCAUGGCUGACGAUAUUCCAACCGGUUUUCAGAUUCUAUUACCAUUUCCCCCAAUUUGUAUAUUUGUAGUUGCAUCUGCUUUGAUUAUUCCAACAGGAAAGUUGUAUCUUAAUAAUGUUUCGUGCUGUAAGAAUACCGAAGACAGUGCGUAUUCGUUUAACUGAAUCGGUUUGUCGUAGUCCCGUGGAGGUCACAUCUUUCUGUGUAGGCCUAUUUGAAUUCGUCAACAACCGUGCGAAAAUAUACCCAAACCCACACAAGAGGAGGAAAGUUAAUGUAAUAUUCUCUGUUAAGUAUGAUGGUUCCAUGAACAAAUUUUUCAAACUAGAACGACUUCAUCGCUCUAAAUUUGAUUUUUUUUUUUUGCCCUUAUAGUAUUAAAAAUUCAAAGGGUGUUCCAUAUUUUGCAUGUUGUGGACAGGAAAUCGAACUUCAGGAGUGCUUUAUGUAAUCACUAGAUCGAAUGGAAUUGCAUAGCAUUUCGGUUUUCUGUACGCUUUUGUUUCAAACACGAAUUUCAGUGAUUUAUCCCAUUUUAGAAUUGCUUAAAAUGACGAUUGAAACUUGA